UUACGCAACGUGGGGGCGUGGCCUCCCCUGCACCGCCGGGGUCUGGGACCCGGAUGGCCGUUUAGUCGGUGCCUAGACGCCGAGGCUCCCACAUCGGGCCCUGGAAAAAAAAUAAUAAAACAAGGGGGGGGGGACCCGCCGUAAUCCGCAUCCAUCCUCCGCCUGGCGACCCCAUCCGCUCUCGGGAAGCCCGUAUCCGGAUAGAGCGGACCGAGCCCGAUCCGAAGAGCGGCACCCUGAAUUCAUCUGAAAAACCCCAUCCGUGCUACUGAGAUGCCAGAGGCACGUUUCGCGAGGAGCCAGGAGGAACCAACGUACUCAAUGACCUUCCAGCGCGAUGUCAGAUCGUUUGGGGCAAACAGCAAAGGGGAAGGAUGGAAAAAAGUAUUCGUCGCUCAACCUGUUUGAUACGUACAAGGGGAAGUCCUUAGAGAUUCAGAAACCCACAGUAGCCCCUCGCCAUGGCUUGCAGAGUCUCGGGAAAGUUGCCAUUGCCCGGCGUAUGCCACCCCCUGCGAACCUGCCAAGCUUAAAAGCGGAGAACAAAGGCAAUGACCCCAACGUCUCACUAGUACCAAAAGACGGGACAGGAUGGGCAAGCAAGCAGGAACAGUCAGACCCAAAGAGUACCGAUGCCUCGACAGCUCAGCCGCCGGAAUCGCCGUCACCGCCGGCUUCACAGACGUCUGCCUCAAACCCACCGAAACGACCCCCAACAGCACCCGAGAAUCCCCCUACAGUAGCAAGCGGGGUAAAGUCUUGGGCACAGGCCAGCGUUACCCAUGGAGCGCAAGGAGAUGGUGGAAAGGGAUCAAGCCUACUGUCGCGAUUCUCUCGCGAGGAAUUUCCGACCCUGCAGGCGGCUGGAGACCAGGACAAAGCUGGCAAAGAAAAGGACACUACCGAUGCGUCGUAUGGGCCCGGACCAAACCUCCGCCCCCAGAAUGCGACGAGCUGGCGGGAUGGAGGCGGGCGGGGCACUGACGGGGAGGUGCCCGAGCAGCACCCUGGAGCCCCCGACGGGCGGGCCGGGGUGGGCAUGCAGCCCUCCGCCCCGCCCCACUUCCCUCCCUACCGGGGCAUGAUGCCACCAUUCAUGUACCCCCCGUAUCUCCCGUUCCCGCCUCCGUAUGGGCCGCAGGGACCUUACCGCUACCCUACCCCGGACGCACAGAGGUUCCCGCGGCUGGCUGGGCCCCGCCCCUCGCAGCCCCCCCAGCGCGUGUCGGAGCCGGUGAGCCGCCCGCCCGUGCUCAGGCAGGACGACCUGAAGGAGUUUGACGAGCUGGACCAGGAGAAUGAUGAAGGCUGGGCAGGCGCGCACGAGGAGGUGGAUUACACCGAGAAGCUGAAAUUCAGCGACGAAGAGGACGGCAAAGAGUCUGACGAGGAAGGGGCCGAGAAACACCAGGACAGCGAGGGGCUGGGCCUCGAGGGCAAGAAGGCCAGCAGCCCCAAGGAGGAGCUGCCCCCUGUCAAGGCGGCCUGGGCUGAGGGCUCCCGCCCCCCGGAGGGGGCCAAGGAACCGCCCGCCGCCCCCACACCUCGCCCCCCGCCGCCGCCACCCCCACCCCCCAACCGGGGCAGCUGGGGGCAGCCCAACGACUUCCCAGCGCGCCCCCCAGCGCCGGAGGACGAGGACGAGGCGUGGCGCCAGCGGCGGAAGCAGUCCUCCUCGGAGAUCUCGGCGGCGGUGGAGCGGGCGCGGCGGCGCCGGGAGGAGGAGGAGCGCCGCAUGCAGGAGGAGCGCCGGGCCGCCUGCGCCGAGAAGCUCAAGCGCCUGGACGAGAAGUUUGGGGCCCCCGACAAGCGCCUCAAAGCCGAGCCCCCCAAGGAAGCGCCGGCCCCCCCGCCGCCGCCCCCGGCCCCAGCCGUCUCCAGCCCCCCGGCCGCCACGGCCCCCCCGGCCCCAGCUCCCCCAGAGGAGAAGAGAGACCAGGAGGAGCCGACCCCGGCCAGCAAACCCCGGAGCAGCUUCGACGCCGGGCCAGCCGAGCCCCCUGCGGCGCCUGCCCCCAAAGAGGCGCCCGAGGUCCCGGAGGAGCCAGUGGUGGUGCCGGCCCCCCCAGUGGCCCCUGCCGCACCCAAGACGGAGCCUAAGGGCGAGACCGUGGCGCCCCCACGCCAGCCGCCCCCGGCCCAGACCCUGGGCUACUCCAAGUACCAGAAGUCUCUGCCGCCCCGGUUCCAGCGGCAGCAGCAGGAGCAGUUGCUGAAGCAGCAGCAGCAGUGGCAGCAGCAGCAUGGGCUGCCCCCGGCGCCCCCCUCCCCCCAGCAGCAGGCGGCGGCCUCCCUGGCGGGCCUGGGUCCCUCGCCUGGUAUCCACCCUCCGCAGGGGGCGGGGCAGCAGCAGGCCCCUCCCCCCCCACAGCAGGCCCCGCCGAAGGCCAUGUACCCAGGCUCCAUGGGGCGCCCCCCGCCCAUGCCCCAGAUGAACUUCGAUCCCCGCUGGAUGGUGAUCCCGCCCUACAUGGACCCACGCAUGAUGCAGGGGCGGCCGCCCAUGGACUUCUACCCGCCGGGGGUGCACCCCUCUGGCCUGUUGCCCCGCGAGCGCUCGGACAGCGGGGGAUCCAGCUCGGAGCAGUUUGAGCGCCACCCCCAGAUCCUGCGGGAGCGGGGCACCCCGCCCAUGGACCCCAAGCUGGCCUGGGGGGGAGACGUCUUCGCUGCCUCUGACCCCCGGCCCCUGGCUUCGCCCCUCCGGCAGCCAGAUGAGGAGGAGAAGGGCCUGCGGAGUGAGACACCCCCUGUCCGCCUGCGGGAGACCGCCACCCCCCAGCCCUACGUGGGCAGCUACCCAGCCUUUGCUGAGAAUGGCGCCCCGGCCCCCCUGCACCGCUUCCCAGGGGACGAGUCCCGCCCAGGGGGGCCCUGGCCAGCCGGCCUCGCCCUGCCCCCCAACACUCCAGGGGAGCUGGCCAGGAACGGGCGCCCCGAGGCCCUGGCCCAGCCCCCCCAGCGCCAGCCGGACGAGAAGCCCUCAAACGCCGAGGAGCCCAAGGAGCCAGGGAGGGGCCCCGGGUUCAAGGAGCCCCUGGUGGCACCCAAGAAACCCCCCAAGGAGGAGCCGGCCCUGCCCCCCAAGGAGGAGCCGGCCCUGCCCCCCAAGGAGGAGGCGCCACGCCGGGCCGAGCGCCCCUCACGCCAGCCGCAUGAUUUCCACCGUCCGCCGCGGCGCGAGGCCAAGACGGAGACACGCUGGGGCCCCCGGCCGGGCAGCAGCCGGCGGGUGGAGGAGCCGCCAGGCGGCGAGAAGCCCCCACGCAGAGCCGGGCCCAUCAAGAAACCCGCGCCCCCCAAGGAGGAGGCUGAGGAGCCGCGCCCUAAAGCCAAAGAGGGCACUGAGCCAGCGGGCGCCAAGCCGGACCCACAGCCCGGCCCCAAGGAGCCCCCCAAGCCAGGCAAGGAGGCCAAAGCCAAGGCUCUGGUGAACGGCACCGUGGCGGGGCUGCCCAAGGAGCAGCAGGGGGCGCUGUCGCCCACCCGCCGGCGCCGGGAGUGCCCCUACGACCGUGGGGGCGGCGGCUACAUGGGGCGGGGGCGCGCCCGGGGCCGGGGGGAGUACUUCGCCCGUGGGCGCGGCUUCCGGGGUGCCUACAGUGGGCGUGGCCGGGGCGGCGGGGGCCGAGGCCGCAGCAGGGAGUUCCGCAGCUACCGGGAGCCUUUCUACCGCCUGGAGGAGGGGCCCGGGCCCGCGGGCGGCGGGGGAGGCCCCCGGCCCCGCAACGCCAGCGAGACACGCAGCGAGGGCUCCGAGUACGAGGAGAUCCCCAAGCGCCGGCGCCAGCGCGGCUCAGAGACGGGCAGCGAGACCCACGAGAGCGCCAGCGACGUGGCUCACUCGGACAAGGAGGCGGCGCCGCCCCCGCUGGCCCCCCAGCCUGCCAAGGGGGAGCGGCACCGGGGCCCAGCCGCCCUGCCCCGCUUCGCCGACAAGAUCCCGCCCCGCCUCGCGGAGCCAGGCGCCCGCGGCGGCCGCAUCUUCACCCCCCGCGGCGUGCCCUCACGGCGCGGCCGCGGCGGGGGGCGCCCCCCGGCAGCCAGCACCUGGAGCCCCCCAGCCAAGCCCCCGCCCGGGAAGAAGCCGGAGCAGGAGGCGGUGCCGGAUUCGCCCGGCAAGGAGAAGGCGGCGCCGGGGCCCGCUCUCCCGGCGCCGGAGGAUCUGGCCGGGUUCCAGGCCCCCCCCAAGCAGCAGGGGCCGCCCCCCAACGGCGUGGUGGAUCGCGGCUUCGAGCGGCCCCCCCGCCGGCGGCGCCACGGCCGCUCGCAGCAGCAGGACAAGCCGCCCCGCUUCCGGCGGCUGAAGCAGGAGCGGGACAACGCGGCCCGGCUCAACGGGGAGCAGCGGGCUGGGCCGGGGGCCCCGGCGUACCCGCUGCCCCCCACCCCGGCCGAGGAAACGACCUCCCGGCGUGUGGCCGGCACCAAGUCCCCCGACCUGUCCAACCAGAACUCGGACCAGGCCAACGAGGAGUGGGAGACGGCCUCGGAGAGCAGCGACUUCACUGAGCGCCGGGGCGGCGGGCCGGGCGAGAAGGAGCCGGGGGGCCCCCCACCCCAAGCCUUCCUGAAGGGGGGCGGCGCCCCCUCCCUGGGGGGCCGAGGGGCCGGCGCCGACCUGACCCUCGCCCAGCGCAAGGAGAUGUCCAAGCGUAGCUUCUCCAGCCAGCGGCCCGGCAUGGACCGGCAGAACCGGCGCACCAACCCCGGGCCCGGCAGCGGGGGCAAGGCCGGGGGCCGCGGGGGGCCCAGCGGCGGGCGCGGGGACAAGAGGGCCUGGCCCUCGCCCAGGAACCGCAGCCGCCCAGCGGAGGAGCGCCCCCCGGGGCUGAGCCUGCCACCCGGGCCCACCACCAGCGCCGUCUACCGGCUGGACCACGUGGUGCCCAGCGACCCGGCCGGCAUCCAGCAGGCCCUGGCCGAGCUGAGCAGCCGCCACGGUGCCCGCGCCAAGCAGCCGCCCCCCGGCACCGCACCCGCCUCGGGCCCCACGCCGCCAGCUCCCUUCCCCGCCCACCCGGGCGGCUACAGCCGAGAGCCUCCGUUCCUGGCCAAGUCCCAGCUGCUGCAGUCGGGCGCCAGGGCCCUGGGGGACGUCCCCGGGGUUAACGGUUUCCUCCCCAGGCGCCGGGACCGGCCCCACAAGCAGGAGGACCCCCUGGGCUAUUCCCACAGCCCCGGCUUCCCCGGCCCCAAGCAGGACCCCCCCAGCGCCCACCUGGGCCAGCGCGGCAGGAGCAGCUCCUCCGAGGGGCUGGCGCCCCACAUCUGGAGCCGGCUGCAAUCCAGUGCCCCCAGGAAAACCUACCGGCCCAGAUCCGUGGAGCCCUGGAUGGACCCACUGAAUGCCUUUGAAGACGUUGUCAGCACAGAGAUGAGCCAAUCGGACAGCGGGGUGGAUCUCAGCAGCGACUCCCAGGUCUCGUCAGCCAGCUGCAGCCAGCGCAGCUCCCCCGACGGCGGCCUGAAGGCGACCCCCGAGCCUGGUGUGGGGGGCACGCAGGGCGCCCCUGGGGCCGAGGGGGCAGCGCCCAAGGAGCAGGGCAGGAGGCCAGCGCCCAAAGACACCAGCCCUCACAAGGACAAGAAGCAGGCCGGCAGCCCCCCGGCGGCCCCCCGGGCCCUUCCUGGCCCAGGCCCCAUCGGGACGGAGCGUUCCCAGCGAGCCGAGAUGGCCAGGGAGAGCGGGGGGGGCCCUGAGCCCGGCCCCGAGCCAGCGACCCCCAGCCCUGGCCCCCCCAUCCAGUUCGGGGCCAGCGACAAGGACACUGACCUGGGGCUGCUUGUGAGCGAGGGCAGCAAACCUGGCAAGGAGCCCCCGGCCCCGGGCCUCACGGAGGGG